UCAUUUUUAAUGUUAUGAUGUGCAUUUUAUUAAUUCAUAAAAUAUAUCAUUCAAAUGCCCGCCAAUCCUAAUAAUUUUAUAUUAGUUUAAUUAACAAUAAGUUUUUUAAUACAACACUACAACUACAAUUCGGGAAGAAAAUUAUCAAAAUGGGUACAGAAAAGGAUAAACGAUUAGCAAAAUGGUAUUUUGGUGGUUUGGGUUCAGCAGGAGCUGCAUGUUGUACACAUCCGUUAGAUUUAUUAAAAGUUCACCUCCAAACUCAACAAGAGGGUAAAACUUCAAUGUUGAAAACUGCUGUAAAAAUUGUUAAAAAUGAAGGGGUCACAAAAUUAUAUUCGGGAUUAACGGCAUCACUUAUGCGACAAUUAACAUAUUCCACAACACGAUUUGGUAUUUAUGAAAUCACAAAACAAGCUCUAGUCAAACCUGGUGAUAAUACGAAACUUAGUUUUGCUACAUUAGUUUCUAUGGCUGCCGUAGCCGGUGGAGCAGGUGGAAUAGUGGGUACACCAGCAGAUAUGGUUAAUGUACGAAUGCAAAACGAUGUUAAAUUGCCUAAGGAACAACGAAGAAACUAUAAAAAUGUUUUCCAUGGAUUGUGGCGAGUAUACAAGGAUGAGGGCGUAUUACGAUUAUUUAAUGGUGCUUCUACAGCUACGAGUAGGGCAGUGCUUAUGACUGUUGGACAACUUGCUUUUUAUGAUCAAGUUAAAUCUAUUUUAUUGAAAUCUGGAUACUUCCAGGAUAACUUUAAUACUCAUUUCUUAUCGAGUUUUACAGCGGGUGCAGUAGCAACAACAUUAACUCAACCUUUGGAUGUUCUAAAAACUAGAGCAAUGAAUUCGAAGCCGGGUGAAUUUAAGAACAUGUUAGCUUUAAUAAAAUAUACUGCCAAAUUAGGUCCAAUGGGAUUCUUCAAAGGUUAUGUUCCAGCAUUUAUACGUUUAGGUCCACAAACAAUACUCACUUUUGUAUUCUUAGAACAAUUACGGUUAAAUUUUGGUAUCGACCCAUCUUCAAAAUCUACGUAAAUUCCAAAUAUUUAAAUCAUAAAUAUACGCAUCUCGAUCAUUUAUGAAUUGCUAACAAUAUUUUUGAUAAUUGUGAAGUAUUCUUGUGAAUAUAGUGAGAGAUAUGUGUAACGUAAGCAACCAUAAUGCUUUGCCUCCGUAUCUUGUCCGUUAGUUUUAAUGCUUUAUACUACAUGCCCAAUUUUAAGAAGCUUAUUUAAUCAAUGCUCCCCAGCGUUAAUUGCCUAUUAGCUAUUUCAUAUAUCUUAGCAAUUCAUAUAUAUUUAACGAUGCGUAGCUCAACAUAAGAUGGUGACUAUAUUUAUUUGACUCGUGACUUAAAUGAAAAAUUUAUUGAAUUCACUAUUUAAGACAAUAGAUAAGUGUAUCUUCUAUUUAUUUAACAAAAUCCUAAUAUAAACGAAUUUAUUC